CUUAGUUUGGCGUCUGUUACGAGAGAAGGCUCCAGAGGAAGAAAGAAAAAGGGAAGGAGAGAGAAGAAACCAGAAGCUGGAGGAUAACCAGGGAAUUCACGCGCUGAUGAAGGUUCUAAAAACUUUUGCGAUGAAGAAUUGAAGGCGAGUUUCUGGCGUAAUUUGUAGAAAGGCAGAGAGGUGAGAAUAUCGUACUUAGGUUUUGGGAGGCUGAAAUCGCAUGAGAGAGGGGAAACCUGGAAAGGAGAGCUAGAGCAUAGGAGAGAGAACUGAAGAAGGAGAGAUUAAACGCCUUUACUCUUUAGAGGACACACUUGGAACGGUCACGACAGUGUGAUUUUGGAGGCCACAAAGACAGAAAAUGGUGGUGAUAGAACCAGAGGACAAUGAAGAGGAGACUGUUGUGGAAAAUCCACCGAAAUCAUCAUCUUCCAAAAAGACAGGCACAAGAGAUGAUAAGAAAAAAGCUUCUGCUACUGCAGCCAGUGGUAAUGGAGAAUCUGAUGGGUUUGAGACUGCCAGUGAGCGAGAAAUCAGUGAAGACGAAGAUGAUGAUGGAGGUGCUAAACAAGACUCAUCUGAUCAUCAAUCAUCACAACAACAACAACAGCAGCAGCAAGGACAAGGGCAAGGGAAGGAGCACGAGCAGCAGGUGAAAGGAGGGGACUCCUUUGAAGAUGCCUUGAAUGAGGAUGAGUUGAAACAGAAAGCCUUGGCACAAGCAAAUGACUCGAAACUUGAGGGCAAUAAGCUGUUUGGCAAUGGUCAGUACGAGGAGGCAUUAUCACAGUAUGAGCUUGCUUUACAAGUUGCCCCGGAGAUGCCUGCAUCUGUGGAGCUUCGUUCUGUGUGUCAUGCAAACCGAGCUAUAUGCUUUCUGAAAUUGGGAAAAUAUGAGGACACCAUCAAGGAAUGCACAAAAGCAUUAGAGUUAAAUCCUGCAUACACUAAAGCCCUUCUAAGAAGAGCAGACGCUCAUGAGAAGCUUGAACACUAUGAAGAGGCCAUUGCUGAUAUGAAGAAAUUAUUAGAACUGGAUCCUUCAAAUGACCAGGCCAGAAGGAGCAUUCACCGACUAGAGCCAAUAGCUGCUGAGAAGCGAGAAAAGAUGAAGGAGGAGAUGAUUGCAAAGCUGAAAGACAUGGGCAACUCCAUUCUGGGUCGUUUUGGAAUGAGUGUCGACAACUUCAAAGCUGUUAAAGAUCCAAACACAGGUUCCUAUUCAAUAUCGUUCCAGCGUUAGUUCAAUAUAAUUGUGGGGGAUAUAACAAUGGGUUAAAAUGGGACCAGCAUCUAUAUAAUAGGCUGAGAUGCUGGAGUAGUAAUAGUCAGAGUGUAUACACAAGUAAAUGCCUGUUACGGAAUAGCUUUUUUUCUGUGCUUCAUAUUUUCAUCAAUUGAUGAUCCAUAUGACUGUUUCUUGGUUGUAUGGUCAGCUUAUUUACUGCUAUCCUGCUUUGAGGUUUUUGUUUGGACAUUGAUCACUUGGACCACUUUC